CGCAUGCGAACAGGGUGUGACGUCACGAUUGGUGUUCCACGCGGUGGUGUAAGAUAAGUAAAGAAAACAGAUAAUUUCGUCUCGUUAAAUCCACAUGGCCUCUCAAAACGGUCAGGACGGCAUCCCAGACGCUUGGGAUGAAAACGUGGCUUCUGGGGACUCCGGAAACGAUGCCGUCAAUGACUUAACGAAACCAUUAUCAAGUCUCAAUGUUAACGCACCUGCAUUCGUGCCAGGCCAAAAUGUGUUUGCACAAACAUUUGUACCAACUGGGCCUGGUUCAGACAAUCAAGAUAAUGUUGCGGACUCUCAGGACCCAGUCCUGAACGAGACACAGCCAGAAGGGGGUACAGAGAAGAUGGAGACAGAUGCACAAGAUAAAGGAGCAGAUGGUGAUGGCAAUAUAGCUGAUGAGUGGGAAAAUAGUGAAGAAGACUCUGAACAGACUACAGACAAAGACAUGGAAACUGAGGUACCAGUUGCACCCAAACCAAAGAAGAAACCACCUUCUGUAUCCUCCCUGGAACCCAAGAAGGAGCAUGUCAACGUUGUAUUCAUAGGACAUGUUGAUGCUGGCAAGUCAACAAUCGGAGGCCAUCUACUGUAUCUCACAGGUAUGGUGGACAAAAGAACACUAGAGAAGUAUGAGAGAGAGGCCAAGGAGAAGAACAGAGAAACAUGGUAUCUAUCAUGGGCAUUAGACACUAAUCUCGAGGAGAGGGAGAAAGGAAAAACAGUAGAAGUUGGACGUGCUUUCUUUGAAACAGAGAAGAAACACUUCACUGUUCUGGAUGCCCCAGGUCACAAGAGUUUUGUUCCCAACAUGAUAGGAGGGGCAUCCCAGGCAGACUUGGCAAUAUUGGUAAUAUCAGCCAGAAAGGGAGAGUUUGAAACUGGGUUUGAACGUGGAGGACAGACAAGAGAACAUGCUAUGUUGGUGAAGACAGCUGGUGUGAAGCAUUUAGUGGUUCUCAUAAAUAAAAUGGAUGAUCCUACAGUGGAAUGGUCAGAAAUAAGAUACAAUGAAUGUAAAGAGAAGUUACUGCCCUAUUUAAAAAAGUGUGGCUUCAACCCAAAGACUGAUAUUUAUUUUAUGCCCUGUUCAGGCUUAACAGGGGCUUUUCUCAGACAUGUUGUGGAUGACAGUUUGUGUCCAUGGUUCAGCGGGCCAUCAUUAUUGGACUACCUAGAUGCUAUGCCAUCGCUAGACAGGUCGAUGGAUGCCCCAUUGCGGCUACCAGUAGUAGACAGAUACAGGGACAUGGGAACCAUCGUCUUGGGCAAAAUUGAAUCUGGAUCAAUAACAAAGAAUAUGACAUUAGCCAUGAUGCCAAAUAAGCAAUCUGUAAAGGUAAUGCAGAUCUGGUCAGAUGAGUAUGAUGUUGACGAUGCAAUGCCUGGUGAAAACGUCAAACUGAAGCUGUCUGGUGUGGAAGAAGAGGAUGUGUCACCUGGCUUUGUCUUAUGUCCACCUGACAGUCCAUGUCAUACAGGACGGAUAUUUGAUGCUCAGAUUGUGAUGCUGGAACUCAAGUCAAUUGUGUGUGCAGGCUACAGCUGUGUUUUACACAUCCAUUCAGCGUCAGAGGAGGUCACCAUUAAAUCACUGAUCUGUCUUUUGGACAAGAAGUCAGGAGAAAAGACUCAAAUCAAACCACGCUACAUCAAGCAGGACCAAGUUGGUAUUGCUCGAUUUGAGGUUAAUGGUGGAAUGAUUUGCUUAGAGUCUUUCAAAGAUUUUCCACAAAUGGGAAGAUUUACACUAAGAGAUGAAGGAAAAACAAUUGCUAUUGGAAAGGUGCUCAAAAUCAGAGAAUAAGUUGUUUCCAUGGACACCAGACAUAUUCCAUGAGAUUGGUGACCAAAACAAAGACUGACACUCCACUGCAUUAUGCAACAUGUUUCAUUGAAAUGUCAAGCGUGUCUUUCUCUAUCCGAGCCUGCUCCUAGGCCUGCCAUUGUGACUUCUUGAGCUAAUUUGUGCUAUAAUUGGAUUGCUUCCUCAUCACUUUGGUUCCCCGACUGGCUCAGCUUAGUAUUUGCAGUAUACUCCAAAGUUUAUGUCACAUGGAUGAUCAAGGUUAUUUGUUGUCUGUGAAAUACAUGCAUUUUUAUGUCUGCUGUACAAAAUCGCAGAGGCGUGUCCAUAAACUGCAACUUGAUAAAACAGUGACAUCUUCAACAUCUGUCUCGAUGUUGAUCAAUUGACAGUUUCAACUUAAUCUUUCUGAAGCAGAUGAGCAAGCUUGGUCGACCAUCUCUAACGGAACCAGGGACAGUUGGAUGCAGAUGUGUUUUGAGAUCUGACUGUAUGAUAUUAUACAGUUCUUCACUACAGCAAAAGACUGACUACUGAAGGAUACACACAAAGUGUACAAUCAAAAUAUAUUUUUGCAAUCUGUUUUAAGAAGUCCUACUUGUACAUAAUGAUUCUGUUGAUGCUGUUUUCUUUGUGCCCUGUAAAAUAUGUACACUAAGAGCAUACUAGAUCGUCUAUGAUAGUGCACAGUUGUUACAAUUUUGUUUAUUAUUCUAACAAGUAGAUAUGAGGAUUUGGUGGUCACAUGCCGCUGUUUGUUCAAGGACAUUCCUGUGCCGUUAUUUUUCUGUUGAUUUGAUCUAGGUGAAAUCUGAGAAAUGUAAGUUUCCUAAAACAGAUCUUGACAGCCUAAAUGUGGCAUAACAGAAUGACAACUGUUGUGUUGAAAUCAGUGAUUGAUGUUUUAUUUAUGGUGAUGGUUUUGAGAUAUUAUUCUAAAGUAAUCUGUGAUUGCAUCAGCAGCAGAGAAAAUGACCUGUUGAAAUUUGGUUUUAGAUCCCGUCAAUCCUUUUGAACAGCAGAGUUUAGACCUGCACAGUGAUACAUGACCAUUUUAAGGUGUGGGAGUUUCACAGAAUGGGAAGCAAGUGAUAAAAUGUACAUAAGAGACAUACCCCAUUUGAUUUUACAAGCCCCAUGGGUUUUCUUGAUUUACAUUCACAGGGCUAUGUGUCAAACCUCUUCCUGAAACGAAAAAAGAAAUUCCAGUUAGCUUACAAAUGCAAGUGUAAAUAGAAAACUUUGCAAAUUAAAAGAAUUUCCAUGAACAAACGUGGCUUUGAGUUUUUCUUAAACCAUGUGCUGUAGAUUUGCUGCCUCCUGAUGUAGACCAGAUAUACAUAUAUCUUCUAUAACAACUGUCCAGUUUUUGAAGUGGCUAACUGUAUGUUAAUCAUUUAUUCAUGCUUGUUCUGGUGCCAUGUUUGGAACCUUUAGGGGUUAUUUUGGGGUUGUUGUUUUUUACAAAACCUGGUACAAAGUGGCACCAAUAUUACGUUUUUUCCUGCUUUGUUAAAGUAGGUGAAAUCUCCAUGUAAAAAGAAUAAAUACAUUGCAUUGGACAGAACAUUAGUAAGGUUUGUUGCAAAGGUAAUUUGUUGCAUGAAACUUCAUCAAAACCAUAUUUAUAGUGCAUGGAUGGUACUUGUCUGGUGAGUUUUGUGGUGUCCUGAAUUAUUGUAAUGAGCUAUUGUGAAGAUUUAUCUCUGGCACAUAGUCAUAGUACCUUAUGAAGUAAAACUCAGCAUUAUGUUAAGCAAUAUAGCUCCAAAAUAUUUCAAGUGCUCUGUUACCUUCAUACAACUAAGAAUUGGAUCAGACUAAGUACUCUGUCCAUGCCAAAAGAUCUCCUGUCAUACUGAGAUAUAUUUGUUGACCAAUUUGCUGUUACAUUGACAUAAAAUGUGGUCAUAAAAUAUUUAUUGGUUUUGCUGAAGCUUAAUAUUUUUAUGUGAAAUUAUAUCAAAUAGUUUCAUGUCAUGUAACAAGCAUUCUACUAAUGAUUAGAAAAGUAAUAAAGGCAAACUGGCAUCUUCAGCACCAUUUACCUAUUAACAUUCUAACAAUAGAUAUCAAUUAGCUCUCAGGGAUGUUAGGAAGUGCUUAUUAUUCAAUGAUAUUUGAAAAUGGUUGUGUUUGGAAGCAAAAAUUGUAAGUUGUUUGGUGUUGAAAGACAUGGUCACCAUUCUUAGUGUUUUCAUUUAACACUAUUUCAACUUCAGUGCAUUAAUUUCCUCUAGUCAGCCCUUUUAUUACUGGCACCACUACCAGGCAGUGUUGGGUAAUUAGACACAAAUGCCAAAAUUGAAGUGGCUAUUUCUUUAUCUGUAUUCCUGUACCACUUAACACUUUCUUUGCAAAAAUAUCAUAAGGUUGCCUACUGAAUGCCACGUUCAAACGGUGUUGGUUGUUUUGUUUUGAAGCUUUGUACAUUCUGCAUAGUAAAUAUGGCAAUAGCUCACAUUGAGUGAAUUCCAUCAUUCAAGAAGGGAGACAGUGUAAAAGUUGCAUCAUUCAUUUUAUAAGUAUUACUAUGUAUAUGAGGCCCUGAGCCCAGAUUGUGAAGUAAUUGUCACUAUCUGCACGUUCACUUCAGUGUCCACCCAAGAACAGGUGAGCUGUGGUCCAUGUUCACCUGAAACUUUAGCUGUUUAAAAGAAAAGGUAGACCAAUAUUGUGGGAUGACUGGACAGUUUACAAGAACAAUAUAUAUUCCCUUUCUUGAAAUGAGCAUUACUGGUGUUAAACUGUAGAUGUUUGUAUUUGCAAACUUGUUUCUGGAGUGGACACUGAGACGAUCAUCAAAUCUAUUAUAUUUUAUUUAACAUUGGGUGUAUGAUUCUGUGUGUGACAUGUGAAACAAAACAUUUACAAACUGUUGUCUUUCCAUUAUGCUGUAAUAGACUAAUUUUUGGCAAAAUGUUGCUUACUGUUGCUGACUUUGACCUGAUGGAGUUCCUGGUGAGCUGUUAUUCCUUGGCCAGUACACUCCAAUACUGGGAACUUGCUGAUGUCCCCAUUGUUAACUACAGAGCGAUAUUACCAAAAUGUGGUCAUUGGGACUCAAGCUGGAACAGUUUUCAACAGUCAGGUCAUGGCUUUCCAAUGGUGCCAACCAAGGCCAUGUUUUGCCAUGAAACUUGGAGCCAGUUCGAUUCUUUGACACUGGCGUUUAUGUAAUGGAAUGCUUCUCAAUCUACUGAAAGAGUGUUAUAAGCAUUUUUAAUUAAUCAUGAAUAAAGAAUGUCCACACACGUU